CCCUUGAGACGGUCACUUCUCCGCCACACGACUCCCUCAACGGCCCAUACAGUUAAUGAUGCUCCCGCGAUGCAUCGCAGGUCUACACAUGGCCGCGGCCCGAGUGACCGCGCGUCGAGCGAGCCUGCAGGAGACGACGAUGCGGAACCCAGCAGCUCUUCUCCCGUCUCCCUCUUCACGUCUCGUCCCUUAGCAUACUCCCGGGCAUCUGCGAAUAUAUCGACCAUGAUGACUUCGUCCGCGCAUCGCGACUUGCAACUUUCCAGUGCUCAGAAAGAUGCAGACGACCCCUCCUCUCCCGUCGACGCUCGGCGCGAAACGGAGCCAGGACCAUUCGAAUACACGAGUCUAGCUGUACUUGCGGCGGACGUGGAAGUGGGAAACGCAGGUACCCCAUCAUAUAGCAAAGCGUCUGGGCCAAUGUACCUGCGAGCGUCCAGCGAAGCUAUGCCACUCCCAGACCACAUGUACAGGCGGGGAUUCCUAGAGGGACGCCAUUCAGACAUCACUGUGAAUGCUUUCGGAAAGAGCUACAGCCUCCAUCGAUUGGUGCUUGACCGCGCUCCGUUCUUCACAAGCGCGCUUUCUGAACCCUGGCUCGAGAGCCGGCAAAAGGAGAUCACCAUAUAUCCUGAUCAGAUCGAUAACAACAUAACGCAGGCGUCGUUUGAACUAGCAAUCAAGAGACUAUAUGGUUAUGAUAUCUCCAACGAGUGUGACGGCGAGGCCAUCGGCCUGUUUGCUACUGGUUGUUGGCUCGAGACACAGGAUCUGGUGGAUCUCGCGAUUGAGUCCAUCCUGCGUCAGAUGACACCAGGGAGUCUUGCGCCGCUUAUAAGACUGGUUACGCACAACUAUUACGGCCGUUCCGGUGAUCGCAUCCUCGAAUCGGCCAAAGCGAUGCUCAGCCGGACCGGAUGGGAGAUGCCGUUGAGAUACUGGGAUGGCAUGCCCGGUGAUGUGGUCCGAGAGCUAGUCGCCUCGGAUGGCUUCUACGUGUAUAGUGAAUGGGAUCGAUGGGUCCUUGCCAAACGUUUGCUAGACCGGCGGCUUCGGCAAGCGGCAAUGCAUUCUGGGUUGAUUGAGCGAGGGAAGAGCAUACCCAAAGCGCCCGAUGGUCUCCGCCUCAUGGCAAUACGCUUCAACGCAGUGUAUCGCCAAAAUUCCAUGACGCUGGGUCAGAGCAUGUCCGAUCACCAUGCUCCUUGGGUAAGUCUCUAUACCGACCCCGACAUCGAGCCAAUCCUGGUGCUGCUGGACGAGGGGAUUCAUUAUAUGCAUAUGGAGUACGAGCAGUUGGACUUCCUCAGAGGUGUUCGUGAUAUCUUUGGCCUCCCUGUGCUACCUGAGAAAGUCAUUUCGGACGCUUUGUGGCAACAACUCGCGCUCAGGCAAAUGGUACUCAACGCCGACGAGUCGGCACAGGAGCUUGGAUUAUGCAAGACGCCACCCCAGCCAUCCAGUCCUCCGCUCAGGUUCAAGGAGAAGCAGAAGGCUACCAUAUCCUCAGAUGACACUGAGUCCGACCCUCAGGCCGAAGGCUGGGAUGGCACUGCCAAACCGCGGAAAUUCUGGAUUCCCAGCUCUGACUGUAACAUCGUCCUCGGAAAUGGUGCUGACCCUGUUGUGACAACGUCGCACUCCUUUCAGCGACACGCGAACCGGCUCUCUGCCACGAUUCAGCCCGAGGACGCGCAAUGGGCCACUGACUUUGCAUCGUCACCAGCGAAUAUGGCCAACCCGAAUACGAGGGCCGACCCUCUAUCAAGGCCAAUCUCUGCUGGCGGCAGUAACGCUGGACAGCCGAAGCCGUUUGCGUUCACGGAAUUUCCCCCCUUCCGCUUCUCUGCAGAAUUUCCAAAUCCCCGUAGCUUGAAGGAGAAGAAGAGAGUAUACUCGCGCACAGUGUUCUAUGCCGGCUCACUCUGGAACAUUUACAUUCAAAAAGUAAGGACGGCGAAGAAUGUCCAGCUCGGUGUCUAUCUCCAUCGUGCGAAGGAGCGCGAAGCGGAUGAACAACCGGGCAGCGGCUUAUCUCAACAAAACACCGGCUCCGUCGACGAGAGGAUUGGCCAGCUAGAAAGGGCUAUGAUUCUUCGCAGUGAAAGGGGCCGACGCGUCGUCAGUGCCCGCAAUCUUGCUGUAAACUCGACAAUGGGAGGAGAUGAGGGUGGCAGCGGCAGCGAGGCAGAUGCAACCCUUGUGGCUACUGGAUCGAGAAACCAUCUCUUCGCGUCCAGAGACACACGGCUUAACCGCGACAAUGUAUCUGCGGCCCGUUGGUCAUCAGCCGAUCUCAUCCGCUCGGCUUCGCCCGUAACCACGGCAAGGCAGUCACAUUCAGUGGAUACGUACUCGGCGUCGGAUGAAGACUCCAGCGAUUCGCAUGAGGACGAGCCAGCGUCAGCAUAUCCCAAUCCGAGUCUCGUAAGCCACGGAUCACGGAAGUCUCGUGGUAGCACGCCGACACUACCUCCGUAUGUUGAUCGGCGGCCGACCAUCAAGACAUAUUUCAAGAUAUACAGCCCGUCCAAGGGAGGCAGGGUGCUGAGUAUCUACGAGAGUGCGCCCGACCGCUUCAACUUCAGUCAGAGCUGGGGUUGGAAGAGCAGUACGUUGAUGUUGGAUGAGGGCGUCGUUGGUGGGAGCGCACAUAGCGGUAGCGAUGACUUUGGCGAGGUAUCCGGCAAGAAGAAGAGCGAAGGAACUUUGAGGUUCAUGGUAGUGAUUGGGAAUUUGUGAUGCUGGGUCGAGCUUGUUGGUCAUGGUAAUAGCGAGCACGAAAGGAAGGCCUCCUAUUCUGGGAGUACUGUCGCUGACUAAGCGUGCAUUCAGUCACGAAGUCGUUGAAGUACUCCGUACACACUAUCAUAGGCUAUAGCUAUUCUGCAGCACUGAAAGCCUGGAUUGCCAACCUG